AUGGAAGUGACGGACGACGUCAAGAAGGCGCAGCAGCGCAUUGCCGACAAGAAGUACUACGCUGCGAACAAGGACAAGAUUGCGGCCAAGAAGAAGGCGUAUCGCGCUGCCAACGCAGAAAAAGUGCGUGCCCAACAGAAGGCGUACAAGGCUGCCAACGCAGAAAAAGGCCGGGCCCGACAGAAGGCGUACACUGCUGCGAACAAGGCCAAGAUUGCGGCCAAGGACAAGAAGUUCAAGACUGCCAACAAGGAAGCGAUUGCGGUCCAGAAGAAGGCGUACUACGAGAAGAACCGCGCGCAAUUGUUGGUGAAGAAGAAGGAAUACCACCAAAAGAACCAGGACAUCCGCCAUGCCAAGGACAAGUCGUGGCGCAAGGCGAAUUUGGCCUACCAACAUGCAUACAACCGAGCUCGUUACGCGCGAAAGAAGGCGAUUGCGGCCGGCGAGAUUCCGCCGCCGCUGCCCAAAAUCGCCGACUUCCGAGCUCAACACGACGCCUCUAGCAGCGUCGCUCCGGCUGCGUCGACGGAUGCGGCUCCAGACGACCUCCUUGACGAAGACGACGACGACGUCCCCCAUCCCUUGGCUGCGACUACCAAGAAGGUUGUCAUGGUCAGCUUCACGGACGAGCAUCCGUUCAACAUGCGCAAGCGCGGGCCCGAGCCGUGCUGCGACGAGUGCGCGCUCUUUCAGCCGAAUGCGCUGACCUCGGCCACCAACACGGUGCUCUUGGCGGGCACGUACAUGUGUACGUUCUGCCGCGACUGGACCUACUACCGUCUCCACCGCAAGCACAAGCGCACCCGCGCCGACGCGCGCCUCGACGCUCUUACUGCUUGA